AUGGCGCGUGCCACUGCUUCUUUCGAAGCACCAAAUUCUGCUGUGCGAGACAGCGAUCCCGAAAAGAAUAUCUCUUGCGCGACAGACACGGAACCAAAUUACAAUCAAGAUGACACAGAAAAAAGUGACUCGUCCACCCCCGAAGGUGUCAAACAGGUUGAGGCGGUCACCAAGACAUGGACAAGGAAGACGUUAUGGGUGACCUUUGUGCUUAUUUGGUUCCUUUCAUUCGUUAUCGAUAUGCUCUCCUCCGUACAGGAUGCGCUUUCCCCGUACGUCACAUCUUACUUCUCCAAACACGGUCUGCUGGCCAACCUCAACAUCCCGUCCCGCAUCAUCGGCGGUGUCGUCCUGCUCCCCGUGAGCAAGAUCAUCGACCUUCGCGGUCGGACGGAAGGCUUCAUCGGGUCCAUCUUUCUCAUAGUGAUCGGCAUGAUCAUGAAGGCGACCUGCCAGAACGUCGAGACCUACGCCGCAGCCCAGAUCUUCUACUGGGUGGGCAAGGCCGCGCUCGGCUUCGUCCUGAACGUCUUCGUCGCCGACAUAACCACGCUGCGGAACCGCAUGAUCAUCUUGACCCUCAACGGCACCCCCAUUCUCAUCACCACCUUCGCCGGCCCGGAGAUCGCCCAGCUCUUCUAUGAGCACUCCAACUUCAGGUGGGCUUUCGGGGCUUGGGCCAUCAUCUUGAUCGGGUUUUCGGUGCCGGUCAUCGGCAUUCUCUUGUUCCAGGAGCGCAAAGCCAAGAAGGCUGGCAUAGUCCGACAGAAGUCGGGGCGCACGCUUGCGCAAUCCGUCAAGUAUUAUUUUGUGCACUUUGAUGUCGUGGGAAUGACUCUCAUCGGAGCAGGGUUUAUCCUGUUCCUUCUGCCAUUCAGUCUGGUGUCUAGUGCGAAGGCUGGAUGGGAGACACCCCAUAUCAGCGUCAUGAUUGUUCUGGGAGUGGUCUGCCUCGUCCUGUUUCUCGCUUGGGAAAGAUGGUGGACGCCGAUCAGGUUUUUCCCCUUCGAAGUUCUGAACGACAGGACUGUCAUCAAUGCGGCAUUAACACACGCUCUCAUGUUCAUGACAAUAUUUAUCUGGAAUGCCUAUUACAGCUCCUACAUCCAGGUUGUUCAUGGUCUCAAUAUUAGAGAUUCUAACUACGCACUCAAUGGUCUUGCGCUUACCUCAUACUUUACCGGACCGUUCAUAGCUCUAUACAUCCGAUAUACUGGUCAUGUCAAGUACCCAGCCCUAGCUGCCAUUCCCAUUUACCUCUUGGGCACAGCUCUGAUCGCGUACUUCCGAACUCCUAGCACCAAGAUAGGGUACGUCGUGAUGUGCCAAGUGCUCAUCGGAUUCGGCUCCGGGCUGCUGACCGACACGUCGCGGCUUGCGGUGAUGGCGGCCGUGCAGCACCAAGAUGUCUCCCUGUCUCUGGUCAUCCACAGUCUGUUCACGUCCAUCGGGUCCGCCGUGGGCUACGCCAUCGCCGGCGGCAUGUGGACGAACAUCCUCCCGUACAAGCUCGCGGAGCUCCUCCCCGAAGACGUCAAGUCGCAGUCGUGGGAGAUCUACGGGGACAUCACGAAGCAGCUCCAGUAUCCCAUCGGCCACCCCGUUCGCGACGCGGUGAUCCUGGCGUAUGGCGACGUGGGCAGGAAGAUGGUCAUUGUUGGCGCGGCACUCACUCCUCUCAUGAUCAUCACUGUCCUCUUCUGGAGAAACAUCAACGUCAAGGACACCGAGCAAGAGGAGAAGGAAGCCCGAGGCAACGUGUUGUAG